AUGCCAAUUUCAAGAGAAGGCAUUGCUUCCUCUGGUAAAACAAAAGAAGCUUUAAUUGAAUUUUCCGAUGAAGAAGAUGCAAGCUAUGAACAAUCAACAAUUUCAAUUGAUAGUGAUCAAGAAAAUAUUGCUCAACAACCACCUCUUCCUCCACCAAGAGAUCGAUCUAAACAAAAAAUCAAACCUAAUAAUGUUUUAGGAAAAUUAUUUGAACAAGUUGCGGAAAAAGAUCCAGAAGUACCUGCUCUUCAUUAUCCAACUAAUGUUAAAUUUAACAAAUUUAUUUAUUAUUUGACUGGGUGGACUAUUUUCAUUUUACUGUUUUAUUAUUUGGAAGGUUAUCAAAAGGCAUUAUUAUUUACACCUUUUUUGAUAUUUUUUGCUCUUGGAAAAAUCAAUUUAUAUCCAGCUGAUUAUCUUUACAAAAUUAAUGAUACAAACAAUUCAAUGACCUUUCAUCAAGUUAGAAAAUCAAUUAGAUUUUAUAAUAGAGUUAUUGGAAAUGAAUUGAAGGAUAAGAACAAAAAUAGAGUCAUUAUUCUAGUUGAUCCAAACGAUAUUCAACUUGUUCCAUUGGUAUUUUCAUUGAUUCAAACUGGUCAAGAAAUUCUUGUAUUGAACCCUAAUGAAUGUGGAAUUGAUAGUUUCCUUGAGUGGAUUCCUAAAUUGAAUAUUGACGCUGUAAUUGUUUCACCACUUAUUUAUUUAGUGAUUCAAGCCGCAAGCUUGUUCAAAAAGAGACAAUUCCUCAAUAUUGCUAAAAAGGUUUUGCUAUUUACACCUUCUGAUAGAGCUUUCAAUUUACUGAGCAAGAAUCGUCCAGAAUGGAAGAAAAUUACAAAAAUUGUUAAUGUUGAAAAGCUACAAAUUGAACCAGAGGAAAAUGAUGAAAAUCUCUACCAAUUUGAUGAUGACGAAACUGUAGUUAUUGUCAAUACAACUGGAACUACAGGUAUUCCAAAGCUUGUUCACAUUACUCACGGAAUGUUAAAGAAUCAAAUAUAUAGCUUUAACGAAUUAAUGAGGCCAUAUCUCAUAAAAGGAAGACAAGACAGAGUAAUCAAUCACAACACAGUAAUGACUUUAUGUGUAAACUGUAUGGGAUUGACAGCAAUUGUUCCACCUUUUAAUUUGGCAAGCCCAGCUAGUGUUAACUCCAAGCACUACAUCAACGCCUUGAAUGUAUUUUAUCCAAGAAUGGGAUUUUGCUCUCCUAUUGUAUGGAUGGAAGUAAUUGAUUAUUGCAAGAAAAUGAAUGAAGCUGCUGGGUCAAUCAAAGAAGAGAAUACUAUCUCUCCACCGCUGGAGGUAUUGUUAUGUGGCGGUUCUGUAGCUCCUUAUUCACUUCAUCAAAAAUUAAGAAAAUGGGCCUCAAAAGAAUCAAGUGAGCCAGCAAUUUUCCCAACUUAUGGAGCUACUGAGGGGUUACCCAUUUGUUUGACUAAUACAUAUGAGUUGGAUAAUAUUUACACAUCAGAUAGCGAAAUAUACAGUAUUACAAAGGGAUAUUGUGUUGGCAAGGAAUGUCCAAACAUUACAAUUUUGAUUAGAAAUCAAGAAUAUGUUUCAACAUCCAAUAUUGGUGAAAUUUGGGUUGGUGGAUCUGCCAUUAGUCCAAGAUAUGAGCUUGACGACAAUGCAAUGAAGACAAGUAAGGAGAUGAUAAAUGGAAUUCUUUACCACAAAACAGGAGAUAUUGGCUACAUGGACGAGAACAAAAUGCUUUGGUAUUGUGGAAGAUUGAGCCACAUGUUCCAUAUUGCAUUGGAAAAUGAAAGAAAACACAUGAUAGCUCCACCUUGUAUUGAACACGCCUUUUACAACAAGUAUUCAAAUAUUAGAAGAUGUGCUUGUGUAGGAUAUUCACCAAUCAGUGGAAAUGAUAGCGUACAACUUAAGAUGAAUGAAAAGAAUUUCACAUCUAAAUAUAAUGAAUUGGUAUUUAAGGAAAUUGCAAUUGUAUUUGAGACAUUUGGUAAUGAGAGUAUUAGCAUUUCAGAUAUGGAAGAUUUUUGGAGAAAACAAGUUCUUCCAAAUGCUCCAAAAUUAUUUACAAAUAUAGCUAUUAGAUUCGUUCAACAGAAAUCACUUCCUGUCGAUAGAAGACAUAACUCAAAGAUUGAAAUGGUUAAAAUAGCUACAGAAAUCAAUAAAAACUUCUUGAAAUAAGAAAUU